CGGGAUGGCCUGUAAACUGUUCAGUAAGAAGUUUAAUGAAGGGAAGGAAAGCACGUGUUCUAGAGGUGCUCUCAUCACAGCCCAUCGGGGGUAGAUAGCCCUGCAUUUGAUUUUUUUUGAACAUCGAUUUUUUUUCAUUAGGACUUCGAGUUUUGACUAAUUUUGUGUCUGAGCUACAGGCAAAUUGUUACUUUUUGACUAUUUUGGAUGAUUUUUGAUAAAUGAGAUUUUUCGGCAUGGCAAGAAAAAAGUUUGUUUGGAUUUCUUAAUGAUUAAAGUUUACCGAUUUGGACAUAAGUAACUUUUGGUUGGUGUAUCAAACGAUAUAUUAGAGAACUGUCUUUAUUUCUUCUUCUUCAGAGAUAAAGUUUUCUUUAAAUUAUUUGAAACAAAAAAGAUUUAAAAGAAGAGACUCUAAGAAAAAAAAUUCGUAUUUUGAGGACUAUAUAAAUCUAUGGUUUCUUUUUACAUAUUGGAAUGUUCGAAUAAUAUAAAGAACUUUGGAUAUUUUUAAACAAAAUACCAAAAGUCAUCAAAUAUGAAUUAAAUUUCAUCCUUUACCUGCUCAAAAUUUUAAUUCCCUAAAACAUUUGGUCUUAAAUCAGCAGUUUCCACAAACGAAAAGAAUUGAAUACAAACGUUAAUUUUGCAUUCUGUAUUGAAUCAAAAGGUGUGCCUUAUGGACUGAAAGCAGUGUAGAAGACAAUGUGAUUUACCUGAUAUGUAUUUUUAUAAACACACUUCAAUCAAAGUUUUUGACGAUAAAAUUGAAAGUCAAUCAAUUAAGCAAUACAUUCAAUCAAAAUCUUCAAGCUUCUUGGAGCAGCAUCCAAUGGAAUGCAAUUUUGCAAACUACUGAAUAUCAGUCAGUACCCUAAAAACUAGUCAUAUGCUUCAAAAAUAGGACUUGUUAAAUUAUUUGUUGAACAGUUCUGAUACCGAACAGCUAUGGAGACCUGUGUUUUGAUUCCUGCUGAAAUGAGCUUAGUUUUGACAACAUCUCCAACAGCAAAGAAACCAUAUACUGGUGCGUCAGUUUAUGCAAAUCAAAGAAUACCCAGAGGAUCACGAUUUUUGCCAUUCCAAGGAACAGUGAGGUUGGACAAGCUAGAAAUCUAUUCCAAUUUGGAUGACAAUGAUGUACGGCACAGGUUUGGAUGCUAUGACGAAAUACAAAAAAUAGAUUGCCGAAGAGUUCGCCACUGUAAUUGGAUCCGAUUUCUGAAGAGUUCGCCAACACUCAGCAAUGAAGUUAAUCUCCUAGGAUCCCUAGUUAAGGGAGAGCCGAUAUUUGAAGCUAUUAGAACUAUUCCUUCAAACACAGAACUUGUAGUAUAUUUGGAAAAUAGUGGCGAGACUGAUGAUUCGUCCUUACAUUCCCAAAUGUCCCUGAUGGCUUGCAGAAGUCUCACGGCGGCUCAUUACAGACACGCAAUGGGGUUAAUUUUGGAAGAUACGCCACUUGACUUAUCGCGGUCCUUGCUAUCUUCCCGUGUUCCCGUUAUGACCUUGGAUGUUUCUCCACCCACCAGAACGCUGAUGACACCACCUUCAGAACCAGAAGAAAGGAGAUCAGUGUCCAGUGAUGGCCUUUCGCCUAGUGACGAGUCAUUAAAUUGUGAAAUCCGACCAACAGUGGUGAAAAAGGGAAGAGAGAGGACACUGCUGCCUUGUGAAGUAUGUGGAAAAGCUUUCGAUCGACCCUCUCUCCUAAGAAGACACAUGCGAACUCACACAGGAGAGAAGCCACACGUAUGUGAUGUGUGUGGUAAAGGGUUCAGCACUUCCAGUUCCCUCAAUACCCACAGACGGAUACAUUCAGGAGAAAAGCCACAUCAAUGCCAUGUAUGUGGUAAACGCUUCACUGCAAGCUCGAACCUCUAUUACCACAGAAUGACGCACAGCAAAGAAAAACCGCACAAAUGCAAUCUAUGCUCCAAAUCCUUCCCAACACCUGGCGACCUGAAAAGUCAUAUGUAUGUCCACAACGGCUCUUGGCCCUACAAAUGUCACAUUUGCAACAGAGGUUUCAGCAAACAAACCAAUUUAAGAAACCACCUUUUCCUUCAUACAGGUGACAAACCACAUUCCUGCAAACAUUGUCACAAGAGAUUUGCAUUAGCUUGCAAUUUGAGAGCACAUUUGAAAACCCACGAAGGCGAACAUCAUGAGAAAUGCACCCAAUGUGGCAAAGUUUUCCCAACAUCUGCGAAAAAAUUGACACAUGGUUACUGUCAACCUUGCUAUCAAAGCAGUAACGGUAUUGCCCUCACAAAGAAAUUUCCUAGUCCAACCCACGACAGUGAAAGAGAUGAUGCCUCAUCACCCAGCAAAGAAUCAUCGUCAGAUCAUCACUCUGCCAUUAAACGAGAAGUAACUCCAACCACUGAGUUGUCAAAUGGCAAUUCACCACCACCUCCACCUCCCAUGCUACUAGGUAUGCUUGAUGAAGUGAUGUUGCGCUACAGGGAAGCUGGGGGUCUUCUGCCACCGUCAUUGUCUGCCUUGAGAUUUUUAGAAGGGAGUAUGCCUGUGCUGUCUCAGAGAAAUUAAAACUGGUAUUGCUUCAAGUUUGUUGUUAGCAAGGAUUGUUUAAUUCGAAUUCACGAUGGUAUUAAUGAUCUUAAAGACAAUGGCCAUCACCAGCACCUGACAUUUUGCUCUAAAUUGCUCAAAUCGAUCCAUUGCCAUGCCUUUCUGAAUAAUGUGACUGUGAAUCUACAGUAAUCAUGUAUUUUGAAGUUUAUGGUGAUGCUCAUAGCAUUCAUUGGAGAGAUACACUAUGAACUCUAAUUCAACCUUCGAUUCUUAGAACUCAGCAAUUGUUGAUUCUAAUUGGCAAAUGUGGACCUUGGAAGAAUAAUGGAUAUAUUUUAAGAGAUAUUUGGUUUAUAUUAGAUUAGAUCUUAUUACAUUUUCUAAUAAGAAAAAACAAUUUAAUGAAAGUGGUUCUGCAAUUGUUAUUUUGAUUAUAAAAACCAGAUAUUUUAGCGACUGAUUCACCCGAAUUUUCAGACUUGAACCGUAGCAACAAAUCAUUCAGACCUUUUGUUUAUGUGUUCUAUGUAAGUCAUCAUGUACAUAAAACGUUUAUGUUAAUACUUAAAUGAUAUUCCCAAUGUAAUUUUUAAUUUAUUGAGGAAUAAUAGUAUUUCACUUUUGUUUCUACUACAGCUAACUACAUUUUUGAAAGAAUGUUAUAGUAUAAUGGUUAGCUUUAUCUUCAAGCACACCUAUGCAUACUUUUGAAUCACUGCUACAUUUGCCUAUUUUUGAUAUUUUCAACGUUGUUCUUGUAUUACAAAUCUUUUGAUGUUGGUCAUGAAACAGAAUGCCGAGCUUAUACAUUGAUAUUUAAAUGUUAAAUAUUAAGUAUUAGAUAAUUUGCAGUCUUUAUUUAUUAAUAAGUAAAAACUGCUAUUAAAUAUUUUUUGACGACAAAUGUUAUUAGAUACCGUUUGAUUUAAAUAAAUUAUUUUGAUGAAUUCUAUUGAAGAAAUAUCCGAUUUCUCACAUAGUAAGAAGAAAUAAAUAACAAUCUGAACAAAUAUUCUGUCAGUUCUUUACUCUGACUGCAAUUAACGCUUUUUUUUUCAAAUAAAGAUUUGUAGAUGUUAUCAGUACUUUUCAACAAAGAAUAUUAUAAAUUUAAAGGCCAGCCUAGUUUGUAAGAACAUAAUAACGAGUUUCAUUCAUUAUAUUGAUUGAUGUAUGAUGUGAUAUUAUAAAACAAGUGCUGUUUUUUAAAAACAAUUUUCAAGUUUGCAGUCAUAUUUUAUUAAAUAAAUUUUAAAGCAUAAAAUCAAAAUCAGCAAUCUGAAUUUGACUGCUGUAUGAAAAAAUAUUCAAGCCAUUUUAACUAAUAUUUAAAAACCUUCUAUUUAUGAAAAUAUUCUAAAAUAUUAUCAUAUAAUAAAGUAUUUCAAAGAAUGUAGCUUCCAAAAAAAAUUGUUUAUUUCAAUUUCAAAAAAAUGCCAAUGUUAAUAGUAUUAGAAUAAAUUUUGUAUUAUGUAUUAUACUUUUACAAUAACAAAUUAACCUUUUUACAAUAUCUAUUUGUAAUUGUGUGAAUGUAAAAUGUAGUGACACACUGUUAUCGCAUAUAAAACAGGAAGAAAAUGCAACAUUCCGUCCUUGUAGAUAGAAUGAAAUACAUAACAUUUAUACACCAAUUUUUAUUGUAUUUAUGAAAAAUAUAUGAUACAACAAAUCGCAGUUUCCUCUAUAUUGAUAAAAGUGAUUAAGUCAUCAUGGUAUUUAUACUGGUUUUUUAAAACAGUUUUACUAUUGUAACAAUAUUCCGAGCUUAUGCUAUACUUGCGUAUAUUUUUCUAAGCAACUAUUUUGAGGUAUAUUGAAAACAAAAUUUGUACAAAGAUAAUUUGUGCCAUUUAUAUUUUAUACAUGUUCUUCUGGUUGCAUUACAGUUAAUCAAAUUUAGCAGUAGUAAUAAAGAAUGUUGUUAGAUUCCAGUCAUAUUUUAUUAAAUAAAUUUUAUAGCAUAAAAUCAAAAUCAGCAAUCUGAAUUUGACUGCUGUAUGAAGAUCAAAAGUUAUUUCUGCUUAUCAAAUCUGAUGCGGGCUUCCUUUGUAUUUUUAACAAAUCACAAACGAAAUAGCGGAUAAAAAAAGCAGUAUUCAGAAAAAUGUUAUAUAUAUUCUUGUAAAUAGUAUAAUUUGGAUAUUUUGGUGAUAAUGAAGUAUUGAUUGAUAUAUAUAAUCAAAAAUCAAAAUAUCAACUGUAUUGAAAAUUUUUCAUUCUAUUCAGUGUUUUCUUAUGUAAUAGUAAUAUAUCAUCUUUUGUCUA